GAUGGAGAAUCAGCCGCCCCUCACAUCACCGGAUGGACAUUGUGUCAGGAAUACUUCGGAUAAAGAUCCCUCUAAUCCUGAGGAAUCUUCUGACCAAUCACAUUCUGUUACUUCAGACCUCCAUCUCCAUCCUCACAGUGCAGAUUCACCAACACGCCCAUCUAUACCCAAGGAGUCUUCUCUGAUCCAUGAAGGGUUUCCCACAGAAAAGAGUUCAUUAUCUUGUUUGGAGUGCGGGAAACAUUUUAAGAAGAAAUCUAAACUUCUUCUACAUCUUAAAACUCACCCCAGUGUGACCUUUUCAUGUUCAGAGUGCGGGAAAGUUUUCUCUAAGAAAAGAAAACUUCUUACACACCAGAAAAGUCACAAGGGUAAGAAUCCUAUUUCAUGUUCAGAGUGCGGGAAACGCUUCAAUUUCAAAUCACAGCUUCUUAUACACCAGAGAAGUCACACGGGUGAGCGUCCAUAUUCAUGCUCAGAGUGCGGGAAAGGUUUCUGUAGCAAGGUAUACCUCGUCAUACACCAGAGAAUUCACACAGGUGAGCGCCCCUAUGCGUGUUCAGAGUGCGGGAAGCAUUUCACCGGCAAAGCAAACCUUGUUUUACACCAGAGAAUUCACACAGGUGAGCAGCUGCAUUCGUGUUUAGAGUGCGGGAAAAGUUUCAUUCUUAAAACAAAUCUUCUUAAACACCAGAGAGUUCACACAGGUGAGCGUCCUUUCCCAUGUUCAGUGUGUGAGAAACGUUUCAUCACCAAAGAAAACCUCCUUUUACACCAGAUAAGUCACACAGGUGAACAUCCAUAUUUAUGCUCAGAGUGUGGGAAAGGUUUCUCCAGCAAUGUAUCCCUCCUCAUACACCAGAGAACUCACACAGGUGAACGUCCAUAUUCAUGCUCGGAGUGCGGGAAAGGUUUCUCUAGCAAUGUAUACCUUGUCAAACACCAGAGAAUUCACACAGGUGUGAGCCCUUAUGCGUGUUCAGAUUGCGAGAAAAGUUUCAGUAGCAAAGCAAACCUCCUUAUACACCAGGAAAAUCACACUGACAAGCAUUCGUCUUCAGGUUCAAAGUGUGGGGAAUGUUUUCCUGAUGAAGAAACACUUAAUAAACACCUGAGAGAGUGUCCGUAUUCAUGUUCAGAGUGCGGAAAAUGUUUCACCGGGAAAGCACACUUACAUAUUCACCAGAAAACUCACACACGUCUGCGUCCUUAUUCGUGCUCAGAGUGCGGGAAAUCUUUUGCUGAAAAAUCAAGCCUUCAUAGACACCAUGCGAUUCACACCCGUGACUAUGCAUUCUCAUGUUCAGAGUGCGGGAAAGGUUUCAUUACGAAAGAACACCUUCGUCUACACCAGAUGAAUCACACAGGAGUGCGUCCGUAUUCAUGUCCGGAGUGCGGGAAAAGUUUCGCUCAAAAGGGACACUUUAGUAAUCACCAGAAAACUCACACAGGUGAGAAACCUUAUUCAUGUUCAGAGUGUGGGAAAUCUUUUGCUGACAAAGGCAAUCUUCGCAGGCACAAGGUACUUCACACAGGGGAGUAUCCAUUUUCAUGUUCAGAGUGCGGGAAAGGUUAUGUUCAUAAAGCAGCCCUUCUUUUACACCAGAUCAUUCACACAGGUGAGCGACCUUAUUCAUGUCCUGAGUGCGGGAAAUGUUAUAACAGCAAAGGAAAUUGUGUUAGACACCAGAAAACUCACACGGGUGGUGAGCGUCCUUAUUCAUGUUUAGAGUGCGGGAAAAGUUUUGCUCAGAAAGGACACUUGACUACACACCAGAUGAUUCACACGGGUGAGCGUCCUUAUUCAUGUUUAGAGUGCGGGAAAGGUUUCAUUGGGACAUCAGACCUUGCUAGACACAGUAAAUCUCACAAAGGGAAGCAUCCUUGACCAUGUUCAGAGUGCAGGAAACCUUUUGUUUAUGAAGAAAUUGCCGUAAAAACACACACGCUAAAUGCACUGACGAAUGUACGGCGAUUUUUCACAAAAUGAUUUGUAGGGUUCAAUGAAGAAAUAUAAGGAAAAAAAAUGUUUUUAAAGGUGGUACAACUCUGUAAAAGUGACAUGGCGGUGUCUGGUUUGCUUAGACAUCUCCUGGCUUCUUCUAUUUCUUGGACCCUCCGGUUGGGAUCUCGGCCUCCCACAGUUCCUGGUUCUGUUCCCGCACACCUUGGGGGGCGUGUAGGAGAUCAUUGCCGGGAAUGCAGCCCCCAUCAUUGCCAGGAAUGCAGCACCCACCAUUGCCAGGA